AUGGCACCCUCAAAACCUACUCCGAUUGCCAUUGUUGGCGGCGGUCCAUCCGGGCUGACAUUUGCUCGUCUACUCGAAUGUGCCGGUAUGGACUACGUUGUAUUCGAGCGCGAUACAUCACCAGCAUCCGAUGGAGCCUACCAGGGUGGCACGUUAGAUAUUCAUCCCACGACGGGCCAGGAGGCACUGCGCCGUGCUGGUCUGCACGCUAAAUUCAAGGCGCUCGCACGCUGGGAUGCUACGUCAAUGGUCAUCCAGGACUACCGUGGGCAACAUCGAUUCAAGUUUGGUGAAAAUCGCGAUGCCCCUGAAAUCGACCGUGUGCAGUUGAGACAGAUUCUACUGAAUUCACUGCCAGCACAUCGUAUCUUGUGGGGAAAGACGCUGUGCGCGGCUGAGCGCGAUGAGAACCAGAAAGACUCCGGAGCUGCGAGUAUAGCAUUGCGCUUUUCAGAUGGCUCGUACGAAAGUGGAUUCCGGCUUGUUGUGGGCGCAGAUGGUGCAUGGAGUAAGCUGCGACAGCUGAUCACACCUGCAAACCCGGAAUACGCAGGAAUUUUGUUCAUUGAAGGCCGCAUCUCACCUGAUAACCCACAAUAUGCGGCGGCGCAAGAGAUGGUAGGCAUGGGUAAUUCGCUUACAACGGGCGUCAAUUCUAAUAUGUGCAUUCAACAAAUGUCCGACCGCUCGUAUCGGGUCUAUAUGGGCAUCAAGGGUCCGCAGGACCUGACGCGGCCUGGAGGCAACCUCGACAUCACCAAUAUGGAGAAGACACGAGCUGCUCUGCUCGCACCUGACGGCUUCUUUGGAAACUGGGCGCCAGAUUUGCGUGCAUUCAUCGCCGACGCGGAGGGUCCCUGGCGGGUUUGGCCAUGGUACCGACUCAACCCAGAUUUAUUGCACCCCUCACCUGAAGCUGGUAUAAACGUUACCGAUGAGAGCCAGAAUCAAUGGAACCGCUGUCCCGGUGUGGCGCUCUUGGGAGACGCGGCACAUAUAGCAUCGCCGAAUGGAGAAGGCGUGAACCAAGCCAUGUAUGAUGCCUUGAUGCUAUUUGAGCGCAUCAUCGCCGAGGUGGGGCACCAAAAAGAGUAUGGAUUUGAUCCAGAGGUUGACGCGGCAUCCAUAGAGCGCGCCGUGGAUGCCUAUGAAGCAGAGAUGCGCCCUCGAGGUCGUGAGCACAUUGAGGAUGGUUUGAACGUUGAAACCAUGUUCUUCGGCGAAGAUGCGGCAUCAAAUAUCACCGAGAAGUUUAUGGCUAUGGAACGGGGAGACGAAACACAACUUCGUUCGUGA